AUGAAUCGUGCCCAGAUGUGUCGAUAUACCCGACUAACUUUUCCUUCUAUCGGAAAGAGUGUGUUCCCAUCACUGGAUGAAAGAUUUAAAAAAAAGUACUGCGAAGAAUUAUUUUAUAUCUAUCUAUCUAUCUAUCUAUCUAUCUAUCUAUCUAUCUAUCUAUAUUUUGUCUGUCCAUUUCUAUCUAUCUAUCUAUCUAUCUAUCUAUCUAUCUAUCUAUCUAUCUAUCUAUCUAUCUAUCUAUUUUCCGGUUCAUUUCUACGUAUCUAUCUAUCUAUCUAUCUAUCUAUCUAUCUAUCUAUCUAUCUAUCUAUCUAUUUGACUGUCUGUCUGCCAAACUAUCUAUCUAAUUAUCUAUAUAUUUUGUCUGUCCAUUUCUAUCUAUCAAUCUAUCUAUCCAUUUUCGUGUUCAUUUCUAAAAAUCUAUCUAUCUAUCUAUCUAUCUAUCUAUCUAUCUAUCUAUCUGUCUAUCUAACAGCCUCUCUCUCUCUCUCUCUCUCUCUCUCUCUCUCUCUCUCUCUCUCUCUCUCUCUCUCUCUCUAUCUGGACACCGAUAGCCACGCCGAUUCCACUCUGGACACCGACAACCACGCCGAUUCCAAUCUGGACACUGACAACCACGCCGAUUCCUUUCUGUACGCCGAUAACCACGCCGAUUCCACUCUGGACACCGAUAACCAUGCCGGUCCCAUUCUGUGCGCCGAUAGCCACGCCGAUUCCACUCUGGACACCGACAACCCCGCCGAUCCCUUUCUGUACGCCGAUGACCACGCCAAUCCAACUCUGGACACCGAUAACCACGCCGAUCCCAUUCUGUGCGCCGAUAACCACGCCGAUUCCACUCUGGACACCGAUAACCACGCCGAUCCCUUUCUGUACGCCGAUGACCACGCCAAUUCCACUCUGGACAUCGAUAACCACGCCGAUCCCAUUCUGUGCGCCGAUAGCCACGCCGAUUCCACUCUGGACACCGAUAACCACGCCGAUCCCUUUCUGUACGCCGAUGACCACGUCAAUUCCACUCUGGACAUCGAUAACCACGCCGAUCCCUUUCUGUGCGCCGAUAGCCACGCCGAUUCCACUCUAGACACCGAUAACCACGCCGAUUCCUUUCUGUGCGCCGAUAACCACGCCAACCCCACUCUGUACACCGAUAACCACACCAAAUGUACAUACAUCUCUAUAUUCCUUUAUCUAUCUAUCUAUCUAUCUAUCUAUCUAUCUAUCUAUCUAUCUAUCUAUCUAUCUAUCUAUCUAUCCAAAUAUGUCAUUAUCUAUCUAUCCAAAUCUAUCUAUCUAUCUAUCUAUCUAUCUAUCUAUCUAUCUAUCUAUCUAUCUAUCUAUCCAAAUAUGUCAUUAUCUAUCUAUCCAAAUCUAUCUAUCUAUCUAUCUAUCUAUCUAUCUAUCUAUCUAUCUAUCUAUCUAUCUAUCUCUUGUCUGUAUAUAUAUAUGGCAACUGAAUGA